AAAGGGUACAGGUCAAGGGUAACUCCUGGCAAAAUGUCAGUAUCAGCUUCAAACUUCUUCUGAUUUACUCAUCCAUCAUUUAAUGUCCUGUUCUUUCUGUUGUUCUGCCUCCUCUCCACCCUCAUCCCUAACAAGUCGUUUCUCCUGCUGGAUUUUCAGAUGUCUCAAAAUGAAACAUGCAUCAUUUAUUAUUGUAGUUUUCUAUUGGAGAACCGUUUUGUUUCCAGCUGAUUUACCUGCAGAUAGGUUGAUGUGAUUCAGUCUUAUGUUUAGUUGGAUAGUUUCUUAUAAAAUCAACCAAAUAGGACUGAAGUUCCCUCCAGAACCUCCUCAGAACAUCUGAUUCUUCAUCUCCAGUGGGAAUAUUUCCAGAGUUCCAUAAAGGUGGGUCCAGGUUUAUCACUUUUUAAUGGACUUUUCCCAUCAUUUCUGAUCCUCAGAACUUCAUCAGUCCAGCAGAUAGAACCAUGACAUUUAGGAGGAGAAACAUCUGAGAUCUGGUAAAAACUGACACCAGGUCAGUUUUGAUCAGUUUCAUCUGUGUAAACUACAAAAUAUCCAAUAACAUUAAUACUCUAAAUUGGGUAAAGUUUAAAAAAUCCAGUCUUACAUCAUCACACACUCAUUUCUGUUCUUCACUGUCAGGACUAUGCAUUCACUGUGGUAGUCCUGGUUGGAGGAGACACAGAAUAAGCACAAAACCACCAUAAAAAGACUAAAAACAACUUAAAACAGAUGCAAAACAACCACAAACAGACAUAAAAUGACCACAAAUAAACACCAAACCAGCUUUAAAGUUUACCCAGAAUCACUUUCAAAGUUUUUUUUGGUGAAUUCUCAGAAACCAGAAACACAUCCAGGAACCAGUGAUUGUUUGUAGGUUACUCUCUGAGGCUCAGAAAUGAUGGAAAAAGUCCAUUAAAAAGUGACAAAUCUGGAACUAAACUUAAAGACUGGAAGCACGAAAGGAGAAUGUCCACUGGAGAAAGUUCUAGAGUAGACCUACUGACAACUGAAGAAAGUUCUAGAGUAGACCUACUGACAACUGAAGAAAGUUCUAGAGUAGACCUACUGACAACUGAAGAAAGUUCUAGAGCAGACCUACCGACAGCUGGAGAAAGUUCUAGAGUAGACCUACUGACAACUGAAGAAAGUUCUAGAGUAGACCUACUGACAACUGAAGAAAGUUCUAGAGCAGACCUACCGACAGCUGGAGAAAGUUCUAGAGUAGACCUACUGACAACUGAAGAAAGUUCUAGAGUAGACCUACUGCCAACUGGAGAAAGUUCUAGAGUAGACCUACUGACAACUGAAGAAAGUUCUAGAGUAGACCUACUGACAGCUGGAGAAAGUUCUAGAGCAGACCUACCGACAACUGGAGAAAGUUCUAGAGUAGACCUACUGACAACUGGAGAAAGUUCUAGAGUAGACCUACUGCCAACUGGAGAAAGUUCUAGAGUAGACCUACUGCCAACUGGAGAAAGUUCUAGAGUAGACCUACUGACAACUGAAGAAAGUUCUAGAGCAGACCUACUGACAACUGAAGAAAGUUCUAGAGCAGACCUACCGACAGCUGGAGAAAGUUCUAGAGUAGACCUACUGACAACUGAAGAAAGUUCUAGAGUAGACCUACUGACAACUGAAGAAAGUUCUAGAGUAGACCUACUGACAACUGAAGAAAGUUCUAGAGCAGACCUACUGACAACUGAAGAAAGUUCUAGAGCAGACCUACCGACAGCUGGAGAAAGUUCUAGAGUAGACCUACUGACAACUGAAGAAAGUUCUAGAGUAGACCUACUGCCAACUGGAGAAAGUUCUAGAGCAGACCUACUGACAACUGAAGAAAGUUCUAGAGCAGACCUACUGACAACUGAAGAAAGUUCUAGAGCAGACCUACUGACAACUGAAGAAAGUUCUAGAGUAGACCUACUGACAACUGGAGAAAGUUCUAGAGUAGACCUACUGACAACUGGAGAAAGUUCUAGAGUAGACCUACUGACAGCUGGAGAAAGUUCUAGAGCAGACCUACCGACAACUGGAGAAAGUUCUAGGGCUACUCUAGAAUUUUUUCCAGGAGACGUUCUCUAUGGACUUCAAGAACCUGGAACUCUGGAGCUCUUCCCAUAUAAGGAACCAGAUGUUCUGAGGAGGUUCUGAUUGGUUUCCUUUCUCUUUUAUUGACUUAAUGCUGUGUUGUCCUAAUAUAACCAUCAGAUGGAGGUAGAUGAAGUGUUU